AUGGAGACUGGGAGCAAAACGUCUGAGGAUGAUAUAGCUCUCGAGAUCAGCAUUCUCAAGGAAGAAAUCAAAGUCUCAUCAGACAAUAAAAUUAAGGCAACAAAUUUGACCAAGCUUGCCUCUCGGUUAGUUGACCUCUACAAACAGACAAAGGCUAUAGAUCAACUCGAAGAGGCAAUCUUCUUCGCACGGCAGGCCGUCACCGCGAGUCCACUCGACGACCCAGAACUGCCACAGAGGCUACAUUAUCUAGGCGUUUGUCUCUCUACAAUCUAUGGCAGGAAGGGAGUCUUAGCAGACCUCAAAGGUGCAAUUGCGAUUGGCAGGCAGGCCCUCGAUUUCACGAAAAAUGACUCUCCAGAAAGGGCUUUAAGAUUGUCAAACCUUGCCCUACGAUUUUGGGAUAUGUAUGAAGCGACAAGGUCAGCCAAUGACAUUGAAGAGGCCGUUCGAUUCGGACGAGAAGCAGUCCACGCAACAUUAGAGGAUGACCCUGACUUAGCAGGAAGGUUAAAUAAUCUUGCAGGGGCUCUUAACGAUAAGGCAGCACAUUACAACCGCCCGUCUGAUCUCGAAGAAGCAGUAAUGCAUCAAAGAGAGGCAAUCAAGUUAGAGAUUCCUGGGUCACUAGAGAGAGCUCUGUACAUGGACAAUCUUGGAGUAAAGCUUCGCACCCUGUACUCUUUCACGGGGGUGAUGGCCGACCUAGAUGAUGCAGUGAAAAGCCAAAGAGAUGCAUGUGAUUCAAUGCCGUCGGGCAAUGCGUUGAGUGAAGGGAAUUGUUUGGAUAACCUCGGAAUUUCGCUGGCUACCAGAUACUCGGUAACAGGGGCCGCUACGGAUCUCGAUGAAUCCAUCUGCCUAAGCAAGAGAGCAAUUUCCAAGCUGCCACCCGAUCAUCCAAGCUACCUAAGAGUCCUGAACAACCUUUGGGUAUCGCUCGAAAGCCGACUCACAAAAACCGGGCUUGUCGAGGAUCUCAGUCAGGCCAUUGAGAUUGGACGUCAAGUGGCUACCCAAACUCCAAGGGAGCAUGAGGAAAAAGCAAAUCGGUUGCAUGCCAUCGCCAAGAAUCUCGAGAAGCGAUAUUUAAUUGCUAGGGGAGUCGGUGAUCUUGAAGAAUCCAUACAUAUCAGCCGUGAAGUUGUCGCCAUGACGCCAAAUGAUCACUCCAAAUGGCCAGAGAGGCUUGCUGUCCUGGGACACCGGCUCUACCAUCUUUAUAAGAAGACGCAGACAGUGACCGACCUCGAGGAGUCCAUCUCUCUUCUUCAACGGGCAGCUGGUCUAGGACCCCGCGGACAGACGGGGAGGAUACUUUGGCUGAGUUAUCUCGGAUCUGCGCUCAACGAACGAUACAUACUACAAGGGCCAGAAGGGGUACCAGAUCUUGAAAAGGCAAUCUCUGUUUAUCGAGAGGCGGUCUUGGAAGCACCACAAAGUAACCCAGAGCUACCAAGAGCAUUGUACUUUCUUUGUCGCAGGCUUCAUGAUCGGUACGAAAUAACUGGCUCAUCAUCUGACAUAGAUGAAGCAAUAGAAAAUGGCAAGCGGGCGCUUUCCCUUGCCUCAAAGGACGGCGCAAUGCGAGAAGCAAUUACUGGCGCCUUGAACUUCGCUUUGGAAGCUCGGUUUUCACGCAACGGGCUCCUAACCGACAUUGACGAGGCCAUUGAACUAGAUCGCCAGGCUUUAACAAUGGCGUCAGAAUGCGGUCCAGACCGAGCGAACUUCCUGACCGACCUCGCUCGACAUUUAUCUAAUAGAUACUCAAGAACUGAAAGGUCAGAGGAAAUCGAAGAAGCAAUCAUGUCAGCGAGGCAAGCAGUUGCAGUGGUCCCAAAUAAUCAUCCAGCAUGGUGUAGUACGAUGAGCAACCUUGCUUUGAGGCUAGCUGAUCGGUAUUCGCAAGGCAGAUCGAUGCAGGACCUCGAGGAAUGUAUUCAAAUCCAUAAGAAUGUCAUUUCAAAAACACCAGCGGAAAGCCCCGUCGAUCUUGCCACAAGCCUAGGCUCCCUCGGAGAAGCACUAAAUAAUCGAUAUCUGGCCACAGGAGACAUGAAUGACCUUCAAGAAUCCAUUGUUGCAACGCGCAGGGCAGCAGCUACAAUCCCAGAUGGACACCGCGAUCACGCGACCAUCUUGAGUAAUCUUGGGAGGGCGGUUCGUGACCGGGGCUCAGCGACGGGCUCAAGGGCGGACAUUGAUGAAGGAAUUCAGCUUAUGAGAAAAGCACUCACCCUGAUGCCAGAUGAUGGAUCCGACACGGCAGCAACUUUCAAUUCUCUUGCAGCUGGGCUCUAUUGUCGGUAUGAGGUUGUAAGGGCUAGGACAGACUUGAACGAAGCAAUACGAUUUGGAAAACUAGCGGCUGAUGGUGUGCCUGAAGGGUGUCAUGACUGGGUAUUGUCAAUGAACAAUAUCGGGAAUUGGCUUGCGGAGAGAUAUCUUAGAUUGGGAAACGAAGCUGAUCUUGAGGAGUCAAUUCGCAUUGGAAGACAGAUAAUCACAACUGUCCGCAAUGAUGACCCUCGCCGACCAAUAUACUUGCAUAAUCUGGCCGGCCGACUCGAGGAACGAUGGUCUAAGCACCAAGUCAUGUCAGACCUGGAGGAGGCAAUCAAAUUCGAACAACAGGCAAUCUCUACGGUGUCAUCAGGCUACUUUGACCGCUGGACGUAUCUGAACAGUCUUGGGGGCCAGCUAUUUAGGCUGUAUUCUGAAACAAAAUCGACUCUCCAUCUUCAACAAGCCAUCACAGCCGCAACAGAGGCAGUUUCUUCAACAAGAGAAGGCAGCUCUGGGCGAACAAUUUACUUAAACAACCUUACCAACCUCAAACACUGCGAGUAUAAAAUAACCAACGAUAGAGGCAAACUAGAAGAGUCCGCUCAGCUGCAUUGGGCUGCCCUGAAUGAGUCGAACUCGCCAACGGUCGAGCGCAUUCACGCCGCUAAAUGCUUCAUUCCCAUAUGCUCAGAUCUGCAACAAGCCUACGAAGCCGCAAAACUCGCUAUUGAUCUCGUCCCCAACCUGUGUAUCAGGUCCCUUGAAACGGAUGACAGGCAACAUUUACUCAGCCGAGUGGGAAGCUUGGCCUCUGAUGCAGCCGCAGCCGCCUUAGGAGCGGGCAGGACACCGCAAGUUGCUUUGGGAUUGCUCGAGAAGGGUCGUGGUAUGCUUGCAACAUCACUGGAAGAAUUGCGGGCUGAUAUUGCCCAUGUGAGGCAGCGAGACACCUCGAUGGCGGAUGAGUUCUUACGACUCGCAAAUCAGCUCGAAAUGCCCUCAGUCUCACAUUCAAGCACCUCAAUGGAGCUAUUCUCAUCAAGCUAUGCUGGGGAGAACCAGCGCUACAAGGCGGGAAAUGAGUUUGAUGAUCUCGUUGCGAAAAUUCGCAAGCUUCCAGCAUUCGAAGACUUUCUCCUUCCUCCAUGCGAAGCCCAAAUUCUGGAGGCGGCAUCAUGUGGGCCAGUCAUCAUCAUUAAUGUCAGCGAGCUUCGAUGUGACGCUCUGCUCGUCGAAACGAACGGCAUCAGGGCCUUACAUCUGCCUGAUCUCUGCAAGAGUGACAUUGAGGAACGGUCGAGAACUGUAGGAGGCCCGCUGACGAAUCGAAAGAUAUUUGAAUGGCUAUGGGAUGUCGCUGCCUGCCCGAUUCUGGAAGCACUUGGCUUUACGAAACCACAGUCUAAGGACGAAACUCUGCCUCAUGUGUGGUGGAUCCCAACCGGCCUUUUGACUAGAUUCCCCAUACAUGCCGCUGGGUAUCAUAGGAAGCGGUCCGGUAAUACAGUGCUUGACAGGGUCAUGUCUUCAUACAGCUCCUCUGUCAGUGCCAUAGUUCGCGGUCGGAAGCGUCGUCAAAUUGCGGGUCAGAACAAGAUGCUUUUCAUCGCCAUGGAGCACACACCAGGCCAGUCAUCGCUUCCGUUCGCUAUAAAGGAAGAAGCUGUCAUUUCUGAAAUGAUGAAUCUCGAGGUGGUCAGCCUGAAAAAUCGCCGCAAGGGGGAAGCCAUGGCCCAGUUGAAAGAUUGUCAGAUAUUUCACUUUGCUGGCCACGGCUUCACAGACCAAAACGAUCCAUCGAAUAGUCGUCUGCUUCUGGAAGACUGGAAACAGAGUCCACUUCGUGUGGCCGACCUCCUAGAGUUGAAUUUGAAGGAACGGUCGCCUUUCCUGGCUUAUCUUUCGGCUUGUGGAACUAGCCAGAUUCAUAACGAGAGCCUUGCCGAUGAGAGUAUCCAUCUUGUGAGCGCCUGCCAGCUUUCAGGGUUCCGGCAUGUCAUUGGCACUCUCACAAGCGUCGAGGAUGAAAUGUGCGUAGAAAUGGCAAGGAUCACGUACAAGGAAAUUCUUGAUGGUGGUAUGACCGAUGGAUCCGUCUGUCGAGGAGUACAUAAAGCCAGUCAGUGGCUCCGAGACAAAUGGCUUUCCGGCAAAAGCCCCAGGGGGGUUGCAAGCUCGGUUCGAGGUAACUCCACAUCUUUUGUUAUUGGCUCUAAUAAUCAUAGCCGUGCUCAGCCUCCUAGAGAUAUAUUUGAGAUCGACAGCAGUGAGGAUGAUUACGGAGGUUUCGGCCAGGCGAGCUGGGCUCCGUAUGUACAUUUCGGCGUUUAG